GGAACACCGGGAAUACCGGGAACAGCGGGAAUACCGGGAGCACCGGGAACAGCGGGACAUCGGGAUUGCCGGGCCCGCGGAGCCGGGUGAGCGGGCGGAGGAAGCGGCGGAGCCCCGGGACCCCCGCAGGGACCGAGCGGGACCGGCUGGGGACCCUCGUGGGGGACAAACCGGGAGGUCCGGGAGGAGGAGGGGGCCGGGCUGGGGUGGUCCAGCCUGGAGCGAUGGGGAGCCCGGGAGGACUGGGGAGCCCCGGGGGUGACCGAGCUGUUCCUGCCCCCGAGUCCUCGGCUGGGGUCUCUGCCAGCAGGAUCGGGCCCCAGCGGGACGUGAUGGGGCACAGCCGGUGUGGGGGUCCCAGGCGGGCCGGGGGUGGGGGCCCAGCGGACCCCGGAGUGGUGUCGCUGCCUCCUGUCCCUGCAGCCCCUUCCCGGGUCACCCAGGGGUGCCAGCCCUGCUGGGGCUGUCACGAUGGCGUUUGCUCCCCUCGGGGCUGGCAGCGGUGGGUGGGAGCUGAGCAGGCUCAUCCAGGACAAGUGUGAUCCAUUUACACCCUGCCUGCUCUGCCUGCUGCUCCCCGGGGUUUCGGCUCCAUCAGGGAAGUGACCCGGGGCUGUGGCAGCCCGGGACAUGCCCAGGAUCUCCUGUGCUGCCUUGGGAAGCGCUUCUCUGCCUGCACCGGCUGGGGGUGGCUGCCAGAGCCAGCACCUCCAUUCCUCCACCUCUCACCAGGAUCGGGGUCCCCGGCCCAGCCUGAGGCGCACCCCGGCACUGGGAGCAGCCAUGAGGGGCGUGCUUGGAGCCGGAUCCCUGCGGAGCCUUGUCCAGCUUGCCUGGAUGUGCCUGUUCUCCUCCGUGCCGCACGGCGGGGCCAAGGUGCUGGAGAAGACCUUUGAGGAGUGGCUGCGGUACCGUGACGAGUGCCUGAGGAGGAUGGCGAGCGAGCCCUACCCAGCAGGGCUGUUCUGUAACAGGACAUUUGACAUGUACGCCUGCUGGCCCGACGGGAGCCCCGGCACCGCCGUCAACGUCUCCUGCCCCUUCUACCUGCCCUGGUUUGAGAAAGUGAAACACGGGCUGGUGAGCCGCAGGUGCGGCACCGACGGCCAGUGGGUGACGGUGAACGGCAGCCAGCCCUGGAGGGACUACUCCCAGUGCGAGGAUGAGCCGGAGGUCACUGCCGAGGAGGAAGGUGCCCGCCGGCUCAUGGUGAGCUUCAAGGUGCUCUACACCGUGGGCUACUCGCUGUCACUGCUCACCCUCAUCUCCGCCCUGCUCGUCCUCACCGUGUGCAGGAACCUGCGCUGCACCAGGAAUUACAUCCACGCCAACCUGUUCGCCUCCUUCGGGCUGCGGGCGACCUCGGUGAUGGUGAAGGACGCGCUGCUGGAGCGGCGCUGGGGCGUGGAGCUGCUGCAGGUGGCUGACUGGGAGGCUCUGCUGAGCCAUGAGGCAACGCUGGGGUGCCGUGCAGCGCAGGUGCUGAUGCAGUACUGCAUCCUGGCCAACCACUACUGGUUCCUGGUGGAAGCUGUCUACCUCUACAAGCUGCUCAUCGGGGCCGUGUUCUCCGAGAAGAAUUACUACAGGCUCUACCUCUACCUGGGCUGGGGGACCCCCGUGGUGUUCGUGGUGCCCUGGAUGGCUGCCAAGUACCUGAAGGAGAACGCGGAGUGCUGGGCGCUGAACGAGAACAUGGCUUACUGGUGGAUCAUCCGCAUCCCCAUCCUGCUCGCCUCCCUGAUCAACCUGCUCAUCUUCAUGCGGAUCCUCAAGGUGAUCCUGGCCAAGCUCCGGGCCAACCAGAAGGGCUACGCCGACUACAAGCUGAGGCUGGCCAAAGCCACCCUGACCCUCAUUCCCCUCUUCGGGAUCCACGAGGUCGUUUUCAUCUUCGCCACUGACGAGCAAACCACGGGCAUCCUGCGCUACGUCAAGGUGUUCUUCACCCUCUUCCUCAACUCCUUCCAGGGCUUCCUGGUGGCUGUGCUGUACUGCUUUGCCAACAAGGAGGUGAAGUCUGAGAUGAAGAAGAAGUGGCAGCUCUGGAAGCUGGACCACCCGGUGCUCUGCUGUGCCCAGUGAGGGGUGACCGGCCGGGGCACAGGGGCUGCUGGCCACAGAGGCUGCAGGAGGCUGUGCUGGGCAGUGCCCACCUGGGAUGGCCAAGCUGGGAGGAGCUGCUGGAAGGGACAUCCCUGCUGUGACCCAAGCGAGGUGGCACCCUGGGCUCCUGCCAGGCAUCGCUGUCCCCUCAGCAGGGCCUCACUGGGGCUGUGUGGGCAGCACCUGCUGCCUCCUCCCACUGCCUGAGCCCCAGCAGAACCCGGCAGCCUCCCCCAGGACAGCAGGGACCACCACACCCACCUGGGCACCUGUGGGACCGCAGCAGCUGGGAGAGCCUGAUCCUCAGCAGUGGGAAUGGCAGAUGCUGCCCAAACCCUGGAUCUCACCACGGCCAGGGCUUCCCUGUUCUCCCGUGUCCGAGCCCAGGAGCAUCUCACCAGCUCCCAGCCAGCCACCCUGCACAGCUCCUCACGGCAAGGGGCUGCUCCUGCGCCUCCUCCCCACCCUCAUCACCCAUCCAUCCAUCCCCUCCUCGCUGCUCUCCAGCUGCACCAACCCCCCGGUGCCCCUCGCCAUGGGCAGAGCCAAGGAUGGAGCCUCGAAAUCACUCGGGAGUGAAGGAUUUGAGAGCAGCAGCUCACUGGGACCCAACCUCCCCCAUGGCAGGUUCAGCAUCCAGCCCAGCCUGCUCCUGCUUUGUGGAGGGAAAGCUGGAUUGCCAGGCCUGGCAGGAGCUCAGGAACCAUUUUGCUGGCCAAAGGCUGAAAUCCUGGGAGUUUGCUUUCCAGUGGGGUGCCACAGCAUCAGCCCCCCCUGGCCAAGCAGCCUGUGGCUCCCAGGAGCAAGGGAAGCAGCUGAGGUGGUGUGAGGUGGUUUGAGCAGAGCUGCUCCUGUGCUCGCUGCA